GCGCAGGCCAUGGAUUCUCCCUAUGCCAACGGAGCCUACAGCCCCCCGUACCCGCACUAUGCCAGCCUGCCGCAGCCUCGGGGCUUCUACUGCUCGGGGCCCCCGCGCAGCCCCUACCCCCCGGAGCCCACGGGCCUGUACCGGCCCCCGUCGCCCGCUCCCGCCUGGAGCUUCGUGCCCCCGGAGUGUCCCAGCGAGGGCUCGGCGCUCCGCAGGCAGCAGGUCCCCGGCUACUCCCCACCACAGACCCCGGGAAUGCCGAUGCCGCAGUAUCCAUAUGGAGAUGGCAGUGCAGGGGUCACGGGGCCCCAGCCCAGAGCCCUGGAGGACACGUGGGGCCCCCCCUCUGUCUAUGGGGUGCAGCCACGUUACGCCUGGCCCGCGGCCUCGGGGCACAGCAGCCUCUAUGAUUCACACCCAGCCUGGACUGGCAGCGGGGCUCCUGCCCAGCCUCCCUCCUGGGAGUCACAGGGACAGGACUCUGUCUACGACAGACCUGAGCAGAGCCCCAGCCCUCACAGCUACUACUCUGACGUGGAGCACCGGCACCCGGGGGCAGUGACUGAGCACAGGAUGGCCAAGCCCGCCCCGUGCCAGCCCCGGGUGCAGUACAGUGCCCAGCCCCAGCUCUAUGACCUCGCCCCACGGAAGGCCCUGGCUGGGAGCCGGGAGCUGGGCUUCAAAUCUGCUGACCAGCCUUGCACAAAUCCUGCAGCCUUGCAGCCGGAGAUUCAGAGGAUCCUCCACGUGAUGGGGGAGGCUGAACAGCUGGAGGAAGAGGUGGAUGAAUUUGUAGGGAGAAAGACAGAUAAAUCAUACCGGCUCCUGGAGGAGAUGCUGACCAAGCUGCUGCUGGAGCUGGAUUCCAUUGAGACUGGGGGCCAGGACAGUGUCCGGCAGGCCAGGAAAGAGUCCGUCCACAGAAUUCAGGCCAUACUGGAAAAACUGGAAAGAAAGGGAUUGUGAAAGCACGUGAGCCACAACACACAGCCUGUUGUUGAGGUUCCAAAGAAUUUCAGUUCUCUCAAAUCUCAGCUCUCUCUGCUACGCAGUAUUGACAAUGGAAUAGCAAUAAGCCCUGAGUCAACAAAUCAAAUCAAACCCACCAAAAAAGCCAGCCCAGAAGCCCAGCCCUGAUAAACAACUCAGCAAAGGACAAAUUGAGAGAGGUUUGAAGCAGCAAGAGUAUUUAAUGAAGAUGUUGAAGAGAACUGGGCCAAGGAUGGAGCCCUGUGGGGUCGUGUACAGAGUUCCCCAGACCAGGCCCAGUCUCUGGGUGCCUCCUCAAGCCACAGCCUUUCUUUAAACACUCUUCAGAUGUGCUGCAAUGUGCAGCCACCAACCAAGACUCUGGGCUUGUCCUCACUGCCUGUAAUUUCAGCUUCAGCUCCCUUGCCAUAAACCCCGUGUGUCCUCAUAGGGGUUGUCUGGGUUUAGUGCACUGAAGGAGCACACUGCAGUGCUGGAGGGAGGGACUGUGCUGGCACAGGUCAUGUCGUGCUGUUCCUCUUCUGUGGUGCAGAGCCAGUGUGGGGUGUCCCUGUGGGCACGGGAACAGACUGGAAAUCCCAGUUCUGCCACUGGAAGGGAGAAGUGCAAGUCAAGGAAAGAACAGAUGCAGGAUGCUUGGAAGUGAUUUUCAGGUCACUUGGGUCAAAAUCCCCUGUUUAAUGUCCCUGUCCUGCGAGUUUUGUGUCCCACUGUGCAGCACCAUGGGGAGGGAACAGCUCGGCCUGUUCCAGCCUCCUGGUCACCACCUGCACAGCAACUCACUGCUGCGUGUGACUCCUAAUAAACCCUGACCAGUUUUAAAUGUUAUUUUGUAAU